AUGGAGCGACGUGACGCCGCAAUACGAAGAGCUCUUUCGUUGGAAAACCGGGAGGCGAGUCGUCCGCUGUGGUUCUGGUUCCAGAUCCGCGCUGUGCUGACGGACCCGGACGGAACCGAGUGCCUUCGGCGAAUUUUCGGCGAUUUGAGGAUAAUUCCAAACGCGUUGAUGUUACCGUUCACGAUGAAUUUUGUGGCUACGCCGAGAUUUGGAUCCGCUGAAAAUCGGUGGAGCGCCGCUUUGCCGACGGAUCGACACCGUUUGGAUUUUUGGCAGGAAGCAGCACGUCUGGUACCACUACUUCGGCUCGUCGCGCCAGCCCCUCCAGAUCACAUCAUCACAGGGCCGAUCCGUCGUUUGCCGUUGGAAUUGCUCGAAAUCAUCUGCCAAGAUCUAUCGAUUUUUGACGCGAUUACGAUGGCUAUUUCAAUUCCAGCGCGGAUCGGAGCUGCGCUACGACUUCGGAUCCAACGAAGGAUUGCUUUCGUAAAGGCGGUUGCCAGAGACGACGGUGGCUGGUCUUUGAAGGUUCGCGACGUGAACGGACACUGGACGGAGACUCGGACAGAAGCGACGAUGCUAAUCCUUUCGGGUAUUCAAAUUCCCGCGAUGAGACUAUUGGCUGGCAAUCUUGGACCCGAACGCCGACUGCCAAUCAUUUCGGAGGAAGUCCGAACUUCCAGGCUGUUUUUGGAGAUCCACCCGGUACAUGACAUCCGAGAGCAGAUCGCGACGUUAAGACCGGACUGGAUUUGGACGCGCUGCUACCGAGAUAUUUCGCGAACCGUCAUCAACCGUGAGGUCCCUGUCUUUAUCGAGAUGAUAAGCACAGCUGCCCAAGCCGAUAUGAUGCGCUAUUGGAUAAUCCCCCGGCUAGCUUUUCAAGAAUUGCCCGCUCCGGAAGAAGCGGGUUUGCUACGGGAAAGCGUCAUCACACUGCUCGCUCGGUACCAAUACGAAUGGUUCCACAGGAUUCGCGACAUCGAAACUGUAUAUGUACGACUCAACGGACCUAUCUCCUAUGAACAUUGGAUCGUGCUAACUGACAACGCCGCCAUCCAGAGGCUUAACGCGGCGAGCGAUGCCAUCUUUGCAAUGACGCGUGACGGUGGUGAACAACUGCUAAUAAGCCAGCCAACUCCCCAAACAAUUCUGAUGCAGUCGCGCGGCGCCACUACCCGAUUUAUCCGAAAACACGCCGGCCAUCUACUAGACACUUACGACGAGUUCACGAUU